AUGCCAUAUUACUGUACCUUCCAUUCAACUGUAAAUCUUCGUACUUCAGAUUAUAACUCUUUUAAUCAAAGUUACCCAUCAAGUUACGAAAAUUCCACUCCUAAUCAAAAUCGAGUCUAUACAGUUCGUCCAGUAUCAAUUAAGCAUCUCUUAAGCAGUGAAUUGAGACAUCCUGACGGCGAGCGAAUACUCGAUGGAAAACCUCUGGAGAUUGUAACAUUCGUCGCCAGAAUUCAAGAUAUUCCACAAACCACUGAUUCAGAAAACAUUGUAGUUGAAGACGGUAGUGGUUCCAUCCAAAUUUCUUAUCCAAAGAACACUGUCACCAGCAAAAUUGAGAUGAACAAAUAUGUACGAGUGUCCGGAAAAUUCAAUAGUCCUGAUGAUUUUGUUACGUAUUUUAUACAACCUGUAACAGAUCACAAUGAAAUCAGCUUCCAUCUCACUGAGGUUGUUCACACUCAUCUCUCGUUAACCAAGGGCAAGAAUAAUAGAGAUCUGGCGUCCCAACGUACCAGAAAUAUUAGUGAGGACAUCCUGGAUCUCAUUUCCAGGAAUUCCAAGGAAGAUAUCGGGAUGUGUGUCGACGACAUCUGCAAAAUGUGGGCCUUCCAGCAUAAUUCCGAUUAUAACAUCAGGAAAAUAAUCAAUGACUUGGUCGACGAGGGUUUACUCUUCCAUACCGCUGACGAUAAUCACGUUCAAGUUACCGGUCCAUGGUCGCAUAAUCUUGAUCUUCGAAGUCACUACCCUAAUUUUCUUUGA